AUGAGCAACUACCCAGCAGAAUCUCUAAAAACCCUCAUAGACUCAGGAGCAACUUCAAACUUUAUCUCCCCCUCCAUAGUUGAAAAAUACAAAAUCCCAAAAACCCUACUCAAAAAUCCACAAGUAGUGAGAAUGUUAGAUGGUACUAUAUCCCAGACUGGUUGCAUCUGGCACCAGGUACAACUCACGGUCUUGGCCAAUGGCCACACACACUCCAUCCCUUUCCUUGUUUGUCCAAUAGGCAACACCCUGGCUAUCCUUGGCAUGACAUGGCUUACGUCUGAAUCCCCUCUAAUAGACUGGCAACAGGGUCUAGUCACAUUCCCUGAGCAAGUACAAAUUGCCUCCAAGGAAGAAGCAGAUCCAGAUCCGUUAGCGGAACUCCCCACUCAAUACCACAAGUUUGCAAAGGUAUUUGGCAAAGAGGAAUUUAAGGUCCUACCCCCACACAGGGAAUAUGAUAUCUCAAUAGACCUUGUUCCCAACGCCAAACUAUCUCCAGGACCUAUCUAUGGAAUGACAGACGCAGAAUCCAAAGCCCUGAAGCAACACAUUGAUGAGGAGCUAGCAACAGGGAAGAUCCGCCCCAGUACCUCCUUGGCGGGCGCCCCUGUUAUGUUUGUCAAAAAAGCAGAUGGUUCCCUAAGACUGGUAGUUGAUUACAGGAAGCUCAAUGAUGUCACCCACAAGAACAUAUACCCACUACCAAGGCAGGACAAUUUAAUGGCCAAGCUCAGACAUGCAAAAUUAUUCACCAAGUUGGAUUUACAAUGGGGUUACAACAAUGUUUGGAUCAAGGAAGGAGAUGAGUGGAAGACAGCCUUCAGAACCAAAUAUGGGCUAUUCAAAUAUCUGGUCAUGCCUUUUGGUCUCACCAACGCACCAGUUGCCUUCCAACAUUUCAUGAAUGACCUCUUCAGGGACCUUAUCAACAUUACUGUGGUUAUCUACUUAGACAACAUCCUGAUCUUCUCAGAAAACCCAGAAGAUCACCCAGGACACAUCAGAGAAGUCCUGGUGCAACUAAUGAAGAAUCAGCUAUUCUGCAAACUGUCCAAAUGCCACUUCCACAUUACCACGGUAGAUUACUUGGGCAUUGUCAUAUCCCCUGCAGGCUUCUCCAUGGAUUGGGAGAAGAUUGAAGCAGUCACGUCAUGGCCUCCCCCCAAAACGGUCAUACAGGUUCAGGCCUUCUUAGGCUUUGAAACCCCCUGGUCAUGGGGCCAUCUGGAAGAAGCUGCAUUCCAAGAACUGAAAGUCCUUGUCAGCAAAUCCCCGGUUCUCAUUCACUCUAACCCCAAACUUCCCUACUACUUGGAGACAGACGCAUCAGGAGUGGCUAUGGGCGCCAUAUUAAGCCAAAGAGGACCAGACAACCGGCUACACCCCAUUGCCUACAUGUCAAAAUCCUUCUCCAGUGCCAAAGCAAAUUAUGAUACCCACAACAAGGAACUAUUGGCCAUCAUCAAGGCUCUAGAGGAAUGGCGUAUUUUCCUGGAAGCAACAGACAAACCAGUUCAAGUAUUCACUGAACAUUGCAACCUUGAAUACUGGAUGCAAGCAAGAACCUUCAACCGGCAACAUGCUAGAUGGCGCGUAUUCCUGAGCAAUUUCAACUUUGAAAUCCACUAUUGCCCAAGGAAACAAUCAGGGAAACCCAACGCCUUAUCCAGGAGAUUGGACUACAAGGAUGAACCCCAAGAACCAGAGAUCAUGUUGCCAUCAGAAGUCUUUGCCAAUACCACAGAAGAAGAGUUGGAAAUUGUCAUGGAGAUUUGUCACAGACUGAGGGAGGACCCCUCCCUGGAACCUGUUAUCCAGUUCCUCACAGAAGAUGCAGACAAUGCCCCACCAUCCAUUUUGGUCCCUGACAACAAACUGCUAAAGGAGAGACUCCUAAGGGAAUUUCACAAUUCACCCCUGGCAGGACACCCAGGCCAACAGAGAACCCUUGAGCUCUUAAGUUGUAACUACUGGUGGCCAGGAAUGAAGUCCUCUGCCAAGGAAUGGCCCUUAGAAGUUCCCCCCUUCCCGUUCCACACCAUCUCUUACAACUUUAUCACAGGGUUCCCCAAGUCUCAAGGUUACAAUGCAAUCCUGGUUGUCAUAGACCUGUUCUCAAAGUUUGGUCACUUCAUCCCUACUUCCAAAAAGGUCACAGCUAAGGGACUGGGAGAUUUAUUCAUUACCCAUGUCUGGAAACUCCACGGGUUGCCACAACAACUCAGGGUGAAACCAGCAUUUUCCUCCGUGUAUCACCCCAAAUCAGAUGGACAGAUGGAAAGAGUGAACCAAUUCAUUGAGUUCUACCUUUGUUCCUAUGUAGCUGCCAAUCAUUUGGACUGGGCCGCUUGGUUACCUCUGGCAGAAUAUUCAUAUAACAACACCAAACAUGCAGCCACAGGAAAGACUCCUUUUGAACUAGUCUAUGGAAGGAACCCAGUAAUGAACCCAUCUAACGUCCCAUCCAACGUCCCCAAAGCAGAUCAAGUGGCGCACACAUUAGCUAGAGAAUGGAAGGAAGCCAAAGCGGCCCUAAGGAUGAGCAAAGAAAGAAUGGCCAGGGAAAAGGGAACAAUACCCAAGUACACAAUUAGCAAGAAGGUCUGGCUAGACAGGAAAAAUGUGGAGCUUAGAACCAACUCCAACAAGCUAGACCCCAAACGCCUAGGCCCAUUUGAGAUCACAGAGAAAAUUUCCAGCCACGCCUACCGCUUGAAGCUUCUGGAAUCCUUGAAAAUCCACAAUGUAUUCUACAUGGGGCUACUGUCCAAAUCCCAUGAAUCCCCAAGCCAACCUUUCCUGGAACAACCCCCUCCUGAAACAAUAGAAGGGGAAGAAGAAUAUGAGGUAGAGCAAAUCCUUGACUCAAAAAGACAACAAGGAAGAUGGUUCUACUUGAUCAAAUGGAAGGGAUAUGGUCCGGAAGAUAACUUGUGGGAACCAGAGGAACUCUUAGAACACAGCCAGGAGGAGAUCCAACGCUUCAACAAGUUGCAACUGAAAAAGGCUUGUGACUCCGCCAAGAGCCUUUAA